AAAAACCUACGUCACUUUUAUCAGACACAUAACACAGAAAUGGCUGAAAAGGGUGUUCAAGGAGUUGGAGAGGUCGCUUCUAAGGAGCAACUUACAGCCGCACAGAAACAACUUCUCAUGAAAAGACAAGAUCUCAACUAUUGGAAGAAGAACGCGCUAAAAAUACGUAGUCGCAACCGCAUAACUGGACUAGCUAUCGGGGCGUUUGUCAUCGGCAUGUUCAGCUACACUAUCCUCUCAGUGAAGCAGGAGAGGAUCAUGGAGGACAUUGAUAACGAGGCGAAGAUCAAUUACAUCAGAGGCCCCAGGACAGGGACCAAUUCCUAGGGAUGUUCCCAGCUCCCUUACUUGCACAGGAACAGUGGACGCUGAGCUCACACGGGACUGGACUGUCAAGCUAACAUACGCAACUGUGGCCAAAAGAUGGCGCCAGAUACACACUUGUUUUUGAAUGGCAGAGGCUCCCAUACAUUUUUGUUAUUUCAAUAUGCUUUGUAGAGAUGUAACCAUACACAUAUGCUCUAGACCUGGAUACCCUGCAAACUUUUUUCUGAAUAUAAUAUCACUUGCUGUAUAAUAAGAGGUUGUUUAAUAAUAUUACAUGGUUUGUGUAUUGUGCAACUACUUGGCCUCGUAAUAAAGAGGAAAGCUUACGUGUUAGGUGGGCUAUUCCAUGGCAUUCGGAUGUUGUUAUAGAAUGAAAUGGAACGUAAUGCUGCAAUUAGAUGAUUACUGUGUAAUAAAUUGUUUAUUUACUUGA